GGGGGCCACGCUUCACGGUAUCUUCCCUCCUACCGAAUGGGCCUAUGGGCGGCGCCUCCCAACCCUCGCCGCUGGUUAUAUGAUGGCGGGCGCGCCCACACCUUCGCGUCAUGGUCAGAUCGGAGGGGCAGGGGCCCCAGCUCAAGGGGCCCCCGCGACCUUAAAUAUAGUAGCAACACUUUAUGGCGGUUCAAUUCGAUUCACUACUCCUAUGCU